UAUCCGGUUGCACUUUAAGGUGUAAGGUACAGAAAAGUGCAGUUAAGACGGAACGCGUACGUAAGUACGAUUGUACGCUGGUCAGUAGCGGAGUCAGCGGCGAGUUUGAUGAAACGAGAAGCGUAUCGUACGCGCAAACGGAAAAUGCGGCAGAACGUGAUCGGCCGUUUCGUGUGAGCUCGCGCGACAAGCGAGUGAACGAAAAAGGAAGACGGAUAAAAUCUGUGAUCAGCUAUAGGAGUCAAGGUGUGCGAACGUCGAAAAUGAUACGACAAUUUUGCUCGACACGCCCGUACUCCUGCAGGAUCAAAUGAGGGAAGCUGACCCUCAUCGUCUCUCGAGAUCUCAAACCCACAAUCAGAAUGGUUUCCCUGACGCGAGUCUGUUUCGUCGCGCUUCUCUAUGCUUUUUCAGCAAUUUUGACGCACACGGCAGCAUCGCGCGUAAUUGAAUUAAGUGACAGGUUUUUAGAUAUACACAAAGAUGGACAAUGGCUAGUCAUGAUGUACGCGCCAUGGUGCGCGCAUUGCAAAAGAUUAGAGCCAAUUUGGGCUCACGUAGCUCAGAAUUUGCACGCUACGUCGAUACGAGUGGGACGAGUGGAUUGCACCAGGUUUACUAGUGUGGCGCAGACGUUCAAAGUCAAAGGAUUUCCCACUAUUCUAUUUUUAAAAGGUGAAAAGGAGUUUGUGUACCAUGGCGACAGAACUAGAGAUGAAAUAGUGAAAUUUGCGCUAAGACUAAGUGGCCCUUCUGUACAAGAGAUAACAAGGACCCAAAGUUUUGACACCAUAAAGAAAGAACGCGAUCUCUACUUCUUAUAUGUGGGAGACAGAUCUGGAAUCUUAUGGGAACUGUAUCAUAAGACUGCAAAUAUAUUUCAAGCGCAUGCAUUUUUCUAUCAGUCCCACCCGAAUGUUGUGAAUAAACACGCGCCAGUGGAGAACGUUCCAGCAUUGUUUGUGUACAAGGAGAGCUCACAUUACAAUUUCACCGGACAUCAUCAGAUGGACGUAGAGAGAGUGAACGAGACACUCUACAAGUGGGUGAACGCGGAGCGUUUCCCGACAUUUCCGAAAGUGACCAGGGGAAAUAUAAAUCAGUUGUUCCUGACGAAUAAGAAUCUCGUUUUAGCGGUGGUCGAGGAAAAUCAACUGGAAGAGGUCGCGCCUGAUAUGCUAGAAUUCAAAGAUAUGAUCGAAUCUAUAAUCAAAAGCAAACGAGAGAAAUAUCACGACCAUUUUCAGUUCGGCUGGAUAGCUAGUCCUGAUCUAGUCAAUAGCAUAGCGAUGAUGGUGCUACCUUUACCGAGCUUAAUUGUAAUAAAUACAACUACGAACCAUCAUCACAUUCCCGAGGACGAGACAGGGAAAUUGACCCCGUAUGUAAUAGAACUGUUUCUGGAACAGAUUCGUGACGAGAGCGCUCCGCGAUACGGUGGAAACGGCUGGCUGGUACGCAUUUAUAGAUCUUGGUUUGAGCUGAGAACUACUCUGACUGCAAUGUGGAAGGGUAAUCCUACGUUGACAACAUUGUUGUUUGGAUUGCCAGCUGGAUUUCUAUCGUUAAUAUGUUACGGGACUUGUUGCCAAGAUAUCAUGGAUGCUGACGACGACGAAGAGGAGAGUACUGAAUCGAGCCAUAUGAAGAAGGAUUAAGAAUAAUUACGGGUAAUGUCGUUCGAAAUUCCGAGACUUUUUUUCAUUAUGUAUAUAAGCGCUUCUGAUUGCGUUUGUUAUACACUCUCAUACUUGCCAAAUCGUUCGUAAGAAUGCGAGGAAUUUCAGGCAACGACGCAUAUCGCUGUCAUGUCAUAUAAAAUGUCCUUCCUCUCUUCUCCUUUUAAUAGUGAUUAAUCGUAUAUUUCAAUCUUCUUGUUUCUUGUGAUUGAGUUAUGUGUCAAAAAGUGAUAUAUAUAUAUUAUAGUGAUAUAGAUAUAUAUAUAUUCCACAUGACAAUACAACCUAUCGAAUUAAGCAAGCGUGUAUACACUCGGGAAAAUUUGUUUCUUUAACACAGCUUUAACAAAGAUAUAAUAUCAAAAAUUUGUAUAUUAAAAUGCGAAUAUUCACACAUUUCGUAAAGUCCAAUUUUAUCACCAUCAAAUUGAGCAUUGGUUAUUUUACAAAUAUGAAUAAUAUAUAAUGAUAACAGUAUAUAGUCUUAUGUAAGUCGUGCGGAAUUGUUAUUUGUUGUAUCGUGUAGACUGAAAGUGUGAUUGUGAUCUCUCCUUUCAAAAUGGAGAAUAGUGUUAUGUGAGAGUGUACUAUCUUGUAUUUGCCGAAAGAAAUAUCUAUUUAUAUGUAUCAAAUAAAGAAAAGGAAAAAAGAUAAAAAACACAAAAUAUUGAAAACAUUUCUCCCGA